AAUCGGCAACGCGACACCAGCGCACGGGGGACAGCAAUACGGGUGGCGCGUAAAACUCCCUCUAGUUUUCCCUUUCUUACUUAUAAAUUAACUGAACAGUCAACUCGGUACAGAAGCGCACGAGAAUCUUCUCUCUCCCUGUCUCUUUCUCUGUCUCUGUUUCUCUCUCUGUGUGUGGAGCUGAAGUGUGGAGUCGUACUGGGUCAGAUCUAGAUCCUGCCCACCUCCCGCAAUCCCCACCAGAUUGAAAAUUUAAUAGCAACAUGUCGAGGAGGGCUGCAAAUGUGGCAAGGCGCUUUGCAGAUGGUGGAAGCAUCCCAUUUGUUGGUGCGGUGCAAUCCAAAGCACGGUCGUCGCCUUUGCUACCUAUCGGACUUUUAGUCGUGGGUGCAAUCCUUCUGAUUGGUUACUCUUUUAGUGGAUCAGGAGGAUCAAGGGGUGAUGGAGAUGCUGUAAGUAGAAUUGAAGGUGGUGUACCAUGCAGUCUGGAAGUGCUGAGAGCAUUACCUGUUCUGAAGAAAGCAUAUGGUGACAGCAUGCACAAAGUGUUGCAUGUAGGUCCCGAAAGUUGUUCAGUGGUGUCUCAAUUGUUAAAGGAAGAAGAUACUGAAGCUUGGGGUGUUGAACCAUAUGAUAUAGAUGAAGCUGGGGCCAACUGCAAAAGGCUUGUUCGCAAAGCAAUUGUACGGGUAGCUGAUAUCAAGUUUCCUCUUCCUUACCGGGCAAAAUCUUUUUCUCUUGUCAUAGUUUCGGAUGCGUUGGACUACCUGUCUCCAAGAUAUGUUAACAAAACCCUUCCAGAAUUGGCAAGGGUAUCUGCUGAUGGUGUUGUCAUUUUCACAGGCUAUCCAGGUCAGCAGAGACCUAAAGUUGCUGAGUUAUCAAGAUUUGGCCGUCCAGCCAAAUUGCGGAGCUCAUCUUGGUGGAUAAAAUACUUUUUCCAGAGCAAACUAGAAGAAAACGAAUCUGCCACGAAGAAGUUCGAGCAAGCUUCAGUUAAGCAGUCAUAUAAACCGGCCUGCCAGGUUUUCCAUCUGAAAUCGUUGCCUUGAAAUCCCACAGUGAAGUCUUGUUCUCUGAGCUUCCUGAAGAAACAGCAGGGCAGCAAGAUCCUUCAAACUUCACACCCAAAGGGUUGUGUCAACAGUCGGAUGGCCCGAUCAGUUUUACCAGUGAUAUCAUAAAUUUGUUUAAUUUCUUAGUAUAAAUUCAGGGGAGGAUGCACCAAGUUGGCUUCCACCCUUACAUAAUUCUGAGAAUAGGUCUUUAUUUUUUCAGAAGCUGCUACGUGGUAGUUUCCUUUUGUUAUGUCUAUUGAAAACGAUAGCUCAUGAAUUUUGAUUAUGAUGGUCUUGUCUUUGGUUAAUACUAUAUGGAUGGCCUAUCAGAUCUACUGUCA